UUUUUGUGUGCUUGAAACUGACUUUUUUCCCCUUACAGUGAUAUAGUCAUUCAUCCUUCCGUCUUGCUGAAAUGGCAUUAACUAGUAAAGUCGCAAUUGUGACUGGAGCAGCGCAGGGGUUAGGAAGAGGAUUCUCAGAGAUCCUUCUGCAAAACGGUGCGAAGGUAGCCCUCCUGGAUGUGAAUGAAACUGUGGGCAAGAGUUUAAAGGAAACCUUUGAUAAUCAGUAUGGACCGGACAAAAGCCUCUUCCUGAGCUGUAAUGUUGAGUCAGAGGAGCAACUCAAAGCUGCCUUUCAGAAAACCAUACAGACCUUUGGACGACCACACAUCAUGUGCAACAACGCUGGCAUUGUAAAUGAGAGCAACUGGGAGAAAGCUGUCUCCAUAAACCUCAUGGGUGUUGUGCGAGGGACCUACCUGGCUCUGGAACACAUGAACAAACUGACCGGGGGUCAAGGAGGGGUUGUUGUCAACGUAGGAUCAAUGGCAGCUCUUGGCCCUCUACCGUGCACUCCUGUUUACACAGCCACCAAGCAUGGAGUGGUUGGUUUCACUCGAGCCAUGGCGGCUGCCUCCACCAUUUCAGGCUAUGGCAUACGAUUCAACAUCAUUUGUCCUGCUUUUGUCCAAACUGACAUCCUCAAUGCCAUGUUUCAACCAGAGAAAGCUGGACAGUUCUUCAACCUGACAGAAUAUGCCCAAAAAAUGAUAAAGAUGUUUGGGAUGUUAAAGGUGCCUGAUGUCUCCAAGAACUUCCUCCAGCUUGUGACAGAUGAGACUAAGAACGGAGAGGCCCUCGUGGUGCUCAAAAAAGGAUGCAGUUAUGUCACAUUUCCAGCAUUGUAACUGCAAUUCUUUGCACAUUCAUAUAGGAAAGCACUUGACCUUGUCACAUUGAGUGUAGCCACUGGGUCUGGAAAACAAUUAUUG